GACUGACGACAACCAGGAAGUAUAUUGUUCGAAAACUCUGAGAGAGUCAACAAAAGCAGCUUAAAGACAGCAAAACAGAAAGCAAAUGUACAUUAUAAGCAUGUAACACUUGCGAUGUUACAAAAGAAGACCAUCUUUAAGGUCUUCUAAUAUGAUUUCUAUUAAUGCCACGCAAAAACUCAAAGACAGCGAAGCCUCCGUUGCUGUUCGUGGAGCAGCCUCUGUGCGGCGCUGGACUGCAGUCUGGUCCUGAGGUGCGUGCUGCCAUCCAUCCUAAGGAGUAUUUCACAGAAGAAGGCAACAGCAGCACACAUCUUCACUCUUGGGUCACCUCACAGUUUGACACUUCAGUCGCACCACGACGAGGGAGGAGGAGGAGGAGGGGGAAGUGCCGCUCGGUCAGCAGCAUUCUUGACGCUUGCAGCCAACUGCAUAGGAAGACCAACAGCGUGUGCAAGUUCCCCCCGUUGUCGUUCAAGUCCGGGUCAAAGGGGCAGCACCGCGCUCAGCAGGCCGCCAGCAACGUGGCGGAUUUCGGAGGAAAUGGUUUGGAAAACAAUGCAGCGUGCCAGAAGAUGCCAAAGAAAGCGGUAAGAAAAAGGAAGAAUGUGGAGGCUGCUUCUGAUGAUGGCGCUUCCGUGGGCAGCAUCUGCGCGCCACCCAAUGUGGACACUCCUAAAGUAACGCGAGAAGACAAGCGCUCCUUGUCGUCUACUCCUUCUGCGCACUGGAUACUGGCUCAGCCGCGCUCGCCGCCACGUCGUCAAACACCUGACGUUCUCGCGCCGGACACGCCGGAGCGGCACUACGGCGUGAAAGUGACAUGGAGGAGGAGGACAGAUCUGAUGUCGUUGCUCAAGGAGCGAGGCCUGUUGUCGGAAUGUGACGUGCUUAUUGGCAGCUAAACAGUCUGGUUACUUUUGUACAAAAUUAUUGGUUUGACGCAAAAUGGAGGAUUUGUUGUGGUUUAAUUUAUUCAUCAUUCAUUAGGGUCACGGGUGAUCUUGAGCGUGUCACUGUGCAUCCAUCCAUCCAUUUCCUACCGCUUAGGGCCUGGCAAAACCUAAUGAUUGACAAAUCAAGUAUAUGGUUAGUUUUCUGCCAGUAACAUGGAUUUAUAAUUAUGAGUCACUGUGUAACAUCAGUGUCAAAAUAAGUUGAGCAUUUACUCUAAUUGUAUUAUGUAAAAUACAUGGAAU